CUGAGUCUAUUCUAAGAUGGCUGCGUAGUGCUCUUGGAGUAACGCGGCUGUUGCAUGUCAACAUGUCUUUGCUCAGAGUUUGCUCCUUGGCCAAAUGCGUCGGUCGGCGCAGUUUAGCGGACGUUCGCAGGUGUUUUGCGGAACGCUGCCAGCUGUGUGUCUCGGCGAGGAGCGGCGCAGCCGGACGGAUAUCAGAAACACCGUUGUACCAACAAAGAAGAAAUGUCUCGACUGUAUUCCCGAAAUCAGACGACACAAAGAAACGUGUACAUGAGCAGUCUCAGCUGCUAGAUGUCCUUGAAGCCAGGAUCCAGCAACUCCAAUCUGACGUCGUUUUAGACGUCCAGCAUGCAAAAGUGCAGUUUAUUAAAGCUCCUUCGUUUGGAGGAGGCGUUUCCUCUGGAAGAACUCCCAAAGGAUCUACUAAGGACAAAAGCGAUGUUUCUAAAUCGGGACAGACCGUUACAAAGGGGGCCUCUAAGUCUCAGCCAAGUCGCUGGAUGGAAAAAUUAUCACAGGAGAAGAAAAAUAAACUCAAAAAGCAGCAGCACCUCGAGCAAAAAAUGCAGAGGAUCGUCAAAGAGAAGCCAUUGGGACAAUCUAAAGGUAGCAAAAGUAGCUUAAUGGCCACUGGUACGUCGCAUAAAAUUAUAUCUUCUGCUGCAAAGAAGAGCAAAGCUGACAUGAAGUUGUCAGAUAAAAUUUAUGCAGCAGCUUCCUCAACAACAGCAGUAGCUGCUGCUACCUCAGCGAAAGCAGCUGUGGCCCCUAAAGCACCUAAACCGAAACAGAAAGACUCGAAAAGUAAGGUUUCUGACAAAAAAGCAGCAAAACGGGCAACAACCGAGGGCAAGGUCAAGGACGAGGACCUUGCUAAUGUGGCGGAGCUCAAACAAAGACUCAACCAGCAGGGACAGGAUUGGACUUCUUUGAGUACCACGGACAGCCCCCAGGACGGCAGCAAGGGAAGUUUAUGUGGGGACAUCCAGCUCAGCAUCCGCUCCUACCUGGAGGCCUGCGUGUUUGUGGGGGAUAUUGAGCGCUCGCAAAGUUUCCUACUCAGUCAGCACCGAGUUAUGAGUCGACGGAAAUAUCUUACCACAGAUGUUUACAACAUUAUGAUGAGGGUGUGGGCCAAAAGGGGCAUGUUGAAUCAGAUCGGUCGCAUCUUUAUCCUGUUGGAAGAAGCUGGUCUGAAGCCAAACGCGGGCUCCUACUCCGCUGCGCUGGAGUGUAUGGGUCGUCAACAGAACUGCUCCCCGAAAGUAAUUUCGAGGUGUCUGAAUAAAAUGAGGGAGGACGGGCUGUCUGUGGAUGAUCUGUUCAGCCAGUGUGUUUUCCGACAAGAUGAAAGGGACAUGCUGCUGAGGGCCAUCCAUACUGUAAAACCAGACUACGAGCCCAGCCUCAGCCUGAACGCAAGCCAGUGUUCCUCACCACUGGUGCAGGACUUCUACACAAAGAGGGAGCAUCACACCUAUCCCAAGCUCGACUUCACCCAGGAGGAGCUCCAGGAGCGUUUUAAACGUCAGCUCAGUGUGGAGGAGGCCUGCACCGUCACCAUCGACUCUGUUGAGGGGCUCAAGCCUAUCACUGAAAACAUGGCCAAAAUGAGGGAAAUGCUGGCAGAACAGCGGGCGCAGUGGCACAAGGUCCUCCUCCAGGCACUAAGGGAGAGCAAGAUGAUCCUGGCUAAAACCAACACCAAGGCCUACAAGCUUGACCUUUAUCCCUAUCUCUGUCUGCUGGAGGAUAAGGAGUAUGUUGACAUUAUGAUACAGAGUGUUACCAACAUGCCUCCUAGUGGAGAGUCACUGAAGAUUUUAGCUCGAGAUGUGGGCAACAGGAUCUACACCAAGUACUGCGUGCGACAGAAGCACCAGAAUCAGACCGUAGAAAAGCUGGGAAGCAUUUAUGAUGCCUACACAGAUCUGCUGGCCAAAGAUACCAAGGUGUACAAUGUCCUACCAAGGGAGCAAUGGUGUAAACUGGAGAUGGAGCAGCAUUCAGGACCCACGCUGCAGGGGGGCGAGACGACCUGGCCGUAUAUUUUAAUUCUGGAGCUGGGCACCUUCAUUGUGGACAUAAUGGUGAAGAACCUUAAAAUCAACAGUGACAUCCUGAACCCCGCCUACGACAGGAAGCUCAUCCCCAUCCUCUACCACAUGUACACCUUCCGCAGCACCAGACAGGUUGGCUUCAUCAAGCCCCACCCCAUCUUGACACAGAUGCAGCAGGAAGCCAUGGAGACCAAGCUGACCUUCGACUCAUCCGUCAUGCCGAUGCUGUGCCCUCCGGUUCCGUGGACGUCGGUGAAGUUCGGAGCCUACCUGCUCACGCCGGCCAAGCUGAUGCGCACGUUGGACGGGGCCAUGCAGCACGAGGAGCUGCUGGAGAAGUGCGAGAACCUUCACCCUGUUUUUGACUCGCUCAACCAGUUGGGCAACUGCGCCUGGAGGAUCAACAAACCAAUCCUGGACAUUAUCAUCUCGAUCUUCAACGAGCGGGGCAGCGAGAAGCUGGACAUCCCUCCCCCUCUGUCAGAAGCCCCUAAAAUACCCCACUUCCACCCGCAAGACCCCACGUACACGGCCAGCGAAAAGGCCCACAUGAAGCGAGAGGUGAUCAACGCCAAGAAGAAGUGCAGCGAGAUGCACAGCCUGCGAAUGGACGCCCUUUAUAAACUCUCCAUCGCGCACCGCAUGCGGGACGAGUUGUUCUGGUUUCCCCACAACAUGGACUUCAGGGGGCGCACGUACCCGUGUCCUCCGUACUUUAACCACCUGGGAAGUGACGUCACGCGGGCGAUGCUUGUGUUCGCCGAGGGGAAGCCUCUUGGUCCCAAGGGUUUGGACUGGCUGAAGAUUCACCUGGUCAACUUGACGGGGUUGAAGAAGAGGAGUUCGCUACAAGGACGCCUGGAAUACGGCAACAGCAUCAUAGAGGACAUCCUGGACUCUGCAGACGACCCUCUAAACGGUAAAAAAUGGUGGAUGGAAGCAGAUGAGCCAUGGCAGGCGCUGGCCUGCUGCAUGGAGAUAGCCAACGCAGUGAGGUCCCCCGAUCCAACAAAGUUCAUCUCUCACUUCCCUGUUCACCAGGACGGCUCCUGCAACGGACUCCAGCACUAUGCUGCUCUUGGCAGAGAUGUUAUUGGUGCAACUUCCGUCAACCUCGUGCCAUGCGAGGUGCCCCAGGAUGUGUACAGUAGCGUGGCGCAGCAGGUGGAAGAGUUGCGAGCUCGGGAUGCAGCAAAGGGCCUGAAGAUCGCCCAGGUCCUGGAGGGCUUCAUCAGCAGGAAGGUGGUCAAACAGACGGUGAUGACCGUGGUGUACGGAGUCACUCGUUACGGGGGCCGCCUGCAGAUCGAGAAGAGGCUAAAGGAGAUUGAUGAGUUUCCCAAGAACCAUGUAUGGGAUGCAUCGCAUUACCUUGUGCGCCUGGUGUUCAACGGCCUUAAGGAGAUGUUCACAGGAACCAGAGAGAUUCAGGACUGGCUGACAGAAAGCGCCAGGCUCAUCUCCAAGUCUGGCCACACUGUGGAGUGGGUGACACCCCUGGGAUUACCGAUCAUUCAGCCUUACCACCGCACGCGCAACCAAGUGCUGAAGAGUACCAUGCAACACAUAAACCUUCAAAUCAGCCACGACGCCAAAGAGAGGCCCGACACAGUAAAACAGAAGAACGCGUUCCCACCUAACUUCAUCCACUCUCUGGACUCCACACACAUGAUGCUGACUUCACUGCACUGCUACAGUGCCGGCCUGACAUUCGUCUCAGUUCACGACUGUUUCUGGACCCACGCCCUCACCGUGGACACCAUGAACAAGAUCUGCCGGGAGCAGUUUGUUGCCCUGCACAGCCAGCCGAUUCUGGACGAGCUGUCCAACUUCUUGCUGCACAAAUACUGCUCCACAAUCCAGACUGAAGCCAGGACUAAGAAGUAUCAGGAGUACAGGAGGCUGCUGUUGCUGCUGGGCAAGGUGCCCCAGACAGGUGAUUUUGAUCUCCAGCAGGUGAAGGAGUCCACUUACUUCUUCUGCUGAGAGGCCCGCGAGGGGGAAGCAGGCUUAAAGAGAUGAGUGGAAUUGACAGAGUGCAGCAGGGAGGCUGCUGGCCCGGGAGUCUCGACAGGCUGUGUCUCCCACAGACAUGAGGACAUUGAUCUAGCCGCGCCCUGCCUGCCUGGCCUGCCUGGCCCACAAACUGGCUGGAGCUCCUGGAGGCGUUCACAAACACACACACAGGGAACUCAUCCGAUUAACUGACUUGCAGACUGAUGGAAAAGGCGGCCAGGAUGCUCGUCAAGGCGAAAAAUGAGGGACUAACCUGCCGGACGGGAACACUAAGACUUCGAUCACUGGAAAAAUACCUCAUAUGCCUGAAGUAUAUUUAGGUACAUAUUUGUGUUGAUUUACCAGCCUGAAUCAAAUGUGAUCCGUCCAUCAGGCAGAAACACUUCUGUUGCUCAAUCACACUGAACAGAGACUUUUUUUGCAAACUGUAAUGGGAGCUGAUUGGUGGUCUGAAUGCGUAUGUGUGUGAGAUGCAGUAACGAUCGCCAGUGAGCUCUGACCAACCCUCCUGAUGAUCAAGCAUUCAGUAACUCGAUGCUCUUUGACACAGAACUCAAGCAUCUCAAUCUUUUACUUGAAAAAGAGGCUUCCUUAUGGUUGAAUUAUUCUUGAUUCUUACCCUGGAGAACUGAGCUUUUAAAUAAACAUGUUUCCUAAAAUC